AUGCGCGUCUCGAUGGCCAGUCACAUUGAGCAGGCUGCCGCUUGCUUGCGCUGCGGCAACCACAACGGAGCCGCUGCGGCGCUGCGGGAGCUGGAGGUGGGUGAAGGAGGGCGGACCCUACAAACUGCAGUGGAGUGCCUCAUGAACAAGGAUGGCGUAAGCGAUGACGUGUAUGUUCGCUUCGUCGCAUUCAAGGUGCUGGCGUAUGCGCUAACACGCUGCCGCGGUGGCCGAUGGCAACAAAGCGACACGACGGUCGCCUUUCUGCUUGGGUACGCCUAUCAGAUGGCCGAGCAGGUGGAGACGUACACGUGGACGCCUGUAGUGUCAGAACUCGCCACAGCUGUGGCUGUGGCCCUCAAGCUGGGUUGUGUCGGUGAUAACCUCGACGUUUGCGCGGAGAGGGUGACGACAGCGUGCUCGGGACUCGUUGAAUUGGUGCAGACCUGCACGCCAUCCCCCAAGGCAUACCUUCAUCGUAUUAUAUGCCAAUCCAUCGUAGAAGAGUUUGGUCUUUUUAGCGGCGCCUCCCGCUAUCGCGGACUCCCAGUGCGUGUGCACCGGCGUUGCCGCGAGUUGUUUGCCGCAGAGGACCGCUUGCCCACUCUAAUCCAGGCCCUCGUUCGUGGUCUCCUCGUGUCGGUAGGCGAGUCUUCUAUGUCUGUGGACAAGGGGCUGACAGCACUGGUGUCGUGCUUUGCGUGGCCGUCGCAUCAGUUCUUCGAAGAGGACUCGUCGACAGAGGAGUCGUGCAGCGUGUUCUAUGUCGCCCACGAGGAGUGGGAUCGGCUGCUUGUCAGCGACAUGGCUCUCCCGAACGGCGCUUGUGUUACUAUGCAUAGCGUGUUGCGCGAGUGGUACGGCUGUGGCGCUGUUAACGGUGUGCCUGUCGACCAGAAGAAGGUCAUCGAGGUCAUUCAGCUCUUAUGCUCGUUCAAGGGCAGCGAAUGGAUGGAGGGGCAGACGCUGCGCUUCCUCGUGUCUUCCCUGUCGCUCUGUCUGGAUGUGUUCGAGCACCUGUCCCAAGGGGCCACUGACGGAGAUUUUCACCUUUUCCCGCUUUUGGCCAACGCGAUCCUGCGGCUGGUGUCAAACUACGUGGAGUUUUUCUUUCACCCGCAGACGCACGCACUCAUUUCGCGACUGGCGUCCUUGACGAGCUUUCUUAUUCGGCGCGACACUUCGAGCAGUACAAACACUGACGUGAUGUCGUGUGUGGAUGAGAUGUUGAGUGUCUGGUUUCACUUGACGUCGUACAUUGACCGCAGCAGCUUCUCCGCAAACGCAUCAGAGACGAUCGCGCAAGUCCACCUUAUCAGCAAAGGCUGUCAAUUCAUCUUCUCCACGUAUCUCGACACUAAGGUGAGCACCGACGCCGUGGAGCUGGAGGUGGACUGCUUCGCUGAUACGUUCACAGCUUCACACCUGCACCUCAUCGCGCAGGUCGGUCGUGUUUGCGCUACCAACACAUGCGAGUUGCUCAUCCGAUCCUUGCGGUCGUUGCGAGCCACCUUAGCGAGUAUCCUCGGUGCUGGCGACACUGUUUCUCCGACGCUGCUGGAGGCUAUUUGGACACUGCUGAAGAUCAUCGGUUUCUUCAUCGCUGAUCCCCUCGAGGGCGAGCAGCCCUACAUUCCCCGCUGCUUUCUUGAGAUGGCCUCAGAAGGCAGUCCGUUGCUGCUUCACCUCGUCAAGGAGGUGGACCCACUUCUUCCGUUGCUGCAGAACCCUGCAGUGGCGAGCCCUGCAGUGCACACGGCCUUUCUCGACAUCUUCACGCACUACAUCACAACGUAUGUGGAGGCCGAGGAAAGCUGCGCACUCUACAUCGACGCCUUCAGCGGUGGUGCAGAUAUGGUUGCGCAGUCUCUCCUUGCCGUAGUUGGUGCACUACGCGCUGCCCCCUUCGAGGAAGAGGCAACUUCUGCCGUUUGUCGUCUACUCGACUGCGUGGCCGACAAGAGCAGCCGGGUGCGUAGCUUCUGCCUCAAUCAGGAGGCGUUUCAGAGAUUGACGCGAACUGUGCAAGACAUUCAUCGAUUUCGCUUUUACGGUCACACAAGGGGGCGCCUCAUCGCGUUUGUCCUCGCGUGCUGUUCAGACGCGGACAGCGUGCAGGCCCAUCUUCGCAAAUUCACCCUCUCGCCAUCUUUUGAAGCUGAUGUGAACCUUGUGCUCGAGCUACUCAGCUCCUUGGCAGGGCUUUUUGAGUCACUGCACAACCAACAGGUAAUUCGGUGUGUCUUUCCGACCUUGCUUGCGACAGGACAGCAGCUAAUUGCCGUCUCUGCCUCGAAGUUCUGCGAGCUCGAGAUUGUGAUUGAGUUUGUGCAGUGUGUGCGCAACAUGUUUGUCACGUGCUCACCUCUUCUAGAGGACAAUGACAUUCGCGCGUUACUGGACCUUGUCGUCGCGGAGCUGCGCUACUCUGUGACGGUCCUGCAGACGACCAGUGUGUGGAGGUCUGCCGACGGCGAGGCCGACAAAGCCGAGUUUAUCAUCUCCGCCGCGAGACUUUUGUGCUCUCUCGCGCAGUGGAAAGCAUUGGACUGCUUUCUUCCCGAGGAGGACAUACGUGCAGUUUCGACUACCGUUGUAGAAACUGCUGGUGCGUUGUUGCGCGCUACGGACGAGCGGUUGCUGAGUUUGCCAAGUCUCGAGGAUUGUAUUUUCACCUGCAUCGAGCUGUGCGCCGAGUCCUUCACCUCGGACUUUGUGUUUGCGAACUGCUCAGAUGUGUUUCUCUCUGCCAUGCUCUACGCUCUCAACAGUGAGCGGGUUAACAUCCAACGCGUCGGCAUCUCUGUCACAGCAAACGUCGCAGCCUUUUUGGAGGCUUCCACCCCACUGGUGAGCAACACCAGUGUGUGCUGCGACUUGUUGAAGGUUGUGCUGCGUGCCCUGACGUCCGGCAAAGUUUUCUGCAACAAUCUGCGGCAGAUAGCUCGUGUACUUCUCAUUUUGGUGCGAGGUAUGUCGUACGAUAGUCUGGUUGCGGCGCUAGAGGCCGUGGAGAGGGAGGUCUCCAACUGCGACUCGUUUCUGGCCAUCAUCUUCCCAGCGCUGCAGUCGGUAGUGGAACAUGUCAACACAAGCGAAUCUGCCUUUGAGGAGCUCUUGCAAGAUGCUCUAUCAUCUGUUCACGGCACUACCAUCAUGGGCGCCUAG